AUGCGGAGUUUGUUAAACGAUGCAUUCAUUCAAAUCAGCGUUCUUCACGAGAAAAUUCAAGAUCUGCAAAAAGAAAAUCUUCUUCAUCGAAAUCUAAUUCAAAGUUUAGAAGAGAAAAUUUCGGACCUUCAAAGUCAAAGUAUAGUUACUCUAUCGAGAGAAAAUUUAUCAUCAAUACAAACAAAGAGCGUUGCGAAUGAUGAUGCAGACUGCGAAAAUAAGAUUCAAGUAGAACGUACAUUGUUUGUAGAAGAAAACCGAAGUACCACAUCAAACGUCACAAAUAAUUGUCGAAUGUCAAUGAAAACUCAGGAGUUUACUGAGUGGAUGGAAUCGAGUGAAGUGGAAUUUUCAUUAUGGAAUAAUAUUUCCUAUCGUAAUGCAUUGCUUAAAUACAUGGGAAAACUGUAUGGACUACGAAAUAGUACAGAACUUGCCUUGGAACUUUUAAAUCUUGGAUCGAACAAAAGCAAUGAACUUUAUCAACUCUAUCUGAUUAUUCGAGAAUUGGAACAACAACCUGGUGCGAAAGAAUCGCUUCAAAAAUGGCAAAGUCAAGCUCGAUCAGAAAAACGUUUAUCUGAUAUUCAAACAAUGUUCGAUCCCGAAAAUCCCCGGUCACGAGAUUUAAUUCUAAAAAAAGCGUUUCCUAUGGGCAAAGUCAUCGAUCGUAAAUGUAUUCAUGGUUAUUUCGAUUUUAUUUGUCGCGAUGGUUUCAUCACUGUCAAAAUUGGAGAAUACCUUCAAUUACAUAAAAAUGAUAUUUUCGGUGGAAAUGAUUACGACAGUCACAAUAAUUGUCUUACACAUGUGAAUAUUGAUUUAGCUCAAUCAAAAAUUCAUCUCGUCGACAAUUGUGUGGAUUUAAUAACUUGUUUCGUUGUGCUUCAUCGCGUUGCUGCUUUACAUUCGAUUUUAUUGGAAUUUGUUCGAAUUUUACGCUCAAAUGGAUAUCUUAUCCUUCGUGAACAUGGUUGUGAAACUGAACAUUCAAUUACAAAUAAAUAUUUGAAUUUUAUUCAGGCAUUUAUGAGAAUUGCAAAGAUCGGCGAAUUCGCUCAUUUAGAAAAUAAUUCGAAUGGCAUCGCAUCGAAUUGGGAAAGGCAAAAGGCAGAAAUUAUUAAAAUUACAAGUUCAAAUCAAUAUCGCACUCGACAAAAAUGGCACGAAGAAUUGGAAAAUGUCGGUUUUCGUCGCCUGGCUGAAUUGGAUUAUCCGAGAAAUUCGAAUCUCCAGAAACUAUUUUAUGCCGUUUAUCAAUUAAACAAGAAAUAA